AUGGCAGGCAUCACAGCCACCCAAACACUGCACAACGCCUCGAUCAGAGAUUUCAUGAUCCUAGAUGUGAACGAUUACAUCGGAGGCAGAGUAAAGCACACGACUUUCGGAAAUAAUGCCGCAACUGGUGAACCAUAUACCGUCGAGUUAGGCGCGAACUGGGUCCAAGGAUUAGGCUCAGAAGGAGGACCGGAAAAUCCCAUCUGGACGCUGGCGAAGAAGUGGGGAUUGCAGAACAAGUACUCGAAUUAUUCGUCGAUUCAGACGUAUGAUGAGAAUGGCGCUACGGAUUAUGCUGCCCGGCUGGAUGAUUACGAGAAUGCGUAUUCCACCGUUGAGCAAGAUGCCGGGACGAUCCUCACUCAGACCUAUCAAGAUCGGACUAUGAGGACGGGGUUGAGUAUCGCGGAUUGGAAACCGAAGAAGAAUAUGCAGAAACAAGCAGCAGAAUGGUGGGAGUUUGACUGGGAAUAUACUUAUUCUCCUGACCAGUCUAAGUAUCAGAACUACAACAAAACAUUUUACCAAUUCAGCGGGGAGAACAACUACGUCUUCGACCAACGGGGGUUUAACUACUUCAUCCAAGCCGAAGCAUCCACCUUCCUCACUCCCAACGAUACCCGUCUUCACCUCAACGCCAACAUAACAUCCGUUGCCUGGUCUUCCAACUCGGUAACCAUCACCACCGCUGAUGGCUCCUGCUUUCAAGCCGACUACGCAAUCUGCACCUUCAGCCUAGGCGUCCUCCAAAACGAAGCCGUAGAUUUCACACCGGCACUCCCAUAUUGGAAACAAGAAGGCAUUGAAAGUAUGCAAAUGGGAACAUACACCAAAAUCUUCCUUCAAUUCCCACCAUCCCCGGACGGUACAUUUUUCUGGGAAAAGGGCGCAGAUUCAAACACGCAAUUCUUCCUCUACGCCGAUCCCAUCGAGCGCGGCUGGUACCCCGUUUGGCAGUCACUCUCAGCACCCGGUUUCAUCCCCCGCUCGGGUAUCUUCUUCGUCACGGUGGUAUACGCACAAUCCUACCGCGCAGAACACCAAUCAGAUGAUGCGACUAAGGCAGAAGUCAUGGCUGCCUUGAGAAACAUGUUCGGGAACGAUAUCCCGGAGCCGCUAGAUUUUAUGUACCCAAGGUGGAGCAUAGAACCCUGGGCUUAUGGCAGUUAUUCGAAUUGGCCCCCCGGACUAAGUCUUGAAACACAUCAAAACCUUAGGGCGAAUGUGGAGAGGUUGUGGUUUGCGGGGGAGGCUACUAGUGUGGAGUAUUUUGGGUUUUUACAAGAAGAAUAA